AAGGGAUCCUGGAAUCUCGAAGGCUGCAUUACAAACAUUUAUCCAAACUUCUGGUCAUUCGUCUCCCAUAGCUAGUUUCCUUCAACCCUACUAACCUAACAUAGCGGCCAAUUCCUCUAAACACGCCGACGCAAAUCGAACUUACCCCUCGGCUUUCUAUCAGAGUCACCCUUCUGGAUGCUAAUCACUGUACAGGUGCAGUGAUGUUCCUCAUCGAAGGUCAUGGAAAAUCUAUCCUCUACACCGGCGAUAUUCGUGCGGAAACUUGGUGGGUUAACAGCCUUGUCCGGCAUCCAGUGCUCAUCCCCUACACACUGGGUAGUAAGCGAUUGGACAAGAUCUAUCUCGAUAGUACAUUUGCCCGUCACUCGUCCGUAUAUCGUACAUUCCCGUCUAAAGCAGACGGCCUGGCGGAGCUUUUGCAGAAAGUGGCCACCUACCCAGAGGGCACUACGUUCUACUUCCGGGCAUGGACUUUUGGAUAUGAGGAAGUUUGGAUGGCACUUUCCGCCGCACUCAACUCGAAGGUUCAUGUGGAUCGGUAUCAACUGGGCCUAUAUAGGUCACUCGUUUCCGCUCAGACACUUGUCGGCGAAGCAUCUGCUCUCUGUGGCUUUGAACUCGGGAAUCGAUUUGUUCCUGGCUGUCUGAGCGAAGACGAAGAUUGUCGCAUUCAUAGCUGUGAACCAGGCGUACAGUGCUCAGCAAUACCUUCAAAGAAUCCCGUUUACAUUGUCCCGAUAGUUAGUCGAGCGAGAGAUGGUUCGACACUACCCGAAGUUGGUGCUGGAGGUGGAAUAGGCGAUCUGUAUCAAAUUCAUGAGCUCGAAAUCCCAGACGAGUCUGUACUAGAACGGCUGGAGAAACUUUGUCUAGAGCGGAUUUACGAUCCCCAGACGCUCUCAGAAACGCGGGAGGCGCUCAUCCAAGCUUUCAAGUCUAAGACCAAGGUACUCCCGCUUGAUAGCUAUGGGAUGGAGGGUGAUAAAGACAUACCGCUGGAGAAACUAGUGAAUAUCCUCAGUCGGGGUCGUUUCUAUGACAAAGGUUGGUCGGAGAACAACCAAGGGCCAGCAGGACCACGAGACAAGUCGGAAAAUCAGCUUCCAAGAACCAUUCACUUUUCGUAUUCGCGCCACUCAUCCUAUGCAGAAUUGUGCGAGCUGGUCUCCGCAUUCAAACCAAAAGACAUAUACCCUUGCACAGUGGACGCAUUAUCCUGGGACGAGGACGUCUCUAUGCAGAGUCUCUUCGGACAUCUUUGUUCCGGUACAGAGUUUGCCCACGACCAACACAUGCGGGACAUGCUAGAUACGGACGAUGAACUUCGUGGGAAGAAACGAACGCCCUACGAAGAAUCCUUGUCACAAUCAAGCCAACGAUCAUCCAGCAAGCUCGAUAGUAUACCCAGAGCUAUAAUGAAUUUCACCAGCAACCCCGGAAAUAGCACAGGUUCACAAAGAAGACACCUAGAUCACCCAGAAACCCAGCCCAGCAGACCAACAACGUCGUCAUCCCCACAUUCGCCCUCAGAGAGAAUCCACUUCCCACCAUCCCCAGCAACUACCGGAGAAAGCAACCAAGCCGUCGGCGAACCACUUCCCAUCCCAAUAUCAACCCGAGAGGCAGAACAAGCUAGACGGAACGAGAUCCGCCAAGCGUGGCACUUCCUAAACAAUGCUCGCUCUGCAGAAAAUCCCUUCCACCUUGGAUCCCUCCCCUCCUCAUUGUCUACCGAAGAAGGGACAUCGUGCCGCUUUAUCGAGCAUUCAGACGAUGAAGCCAACAUGGACGUAGAUCUCACAGGCAACGAUAUCGAAGAGCCAGAUCCAGCCCCCGAUAGUCAACUCAGCCACGCGCUCUCUAUUUCCUCCUCUGCCUUCGCUUCCCAAGAGCACCAAUUAGAGCCAAGCAGCGAUAUAGGGUUUGACUGCACACUAGACGGCCAGGUUGUGGCUCGAGAACAGUCACAACCUUAUGGUACUACCCAGACACCCAGUCUUCUAAAGCGAAGUAGCAGUUCAUCUCGAGUACGGAGAGCGGCAUAUCGAGCUGCUAAGGCGGAUAGUUAUGAGGCUUGGGCGUCGAUGGGACUUGUUUCUGCAGGUGAUAAUCAUACGGAAGAGGAGAUCGAGUUGUGAUUUUAUUAAUACCUCGAUUUAAUCAAGACAUGAUCGCCAGCGUACUAUAUAAGCGCUUGAUAAUGUAUACAUAUGAUCGUAGGAGACGUUAAAUUAUUGAUAAAUAGAAAAAAACCCAAAAAGAAACAACACAAUGGAUAUAUCAUGGCACAUAUUCAUAACUCAUUAUACUAUGCAUACAGCUCCGAAAUGCAAAGGAAAUAACCAACCUAUUACCCUAAUCUAUGCAGCGAGAAAGUUAAGAAUGAAAAUGUGCUAAACACACGAACGCAUACAGGUUAGGUAUCUCAACAUGACUAGGAACCAAACGAAAUCAGAGAAAGAGAAAAGAGAAAAAAAUUGAAAAAGAAAAAGAAAAAGAAAAGCUUAUAAUCUAAUAAAC